UGAAGCCAUCCGGCAGGUUCUGUUCAGCCACGACGUCACCAAAGGCUGUCUGGACAAGUGUGCAGGAACCUCUACAUGAGCUGAGGACGUGAGCUGCGGUGUUGGUUCCAAAUGGCGGGAAAGCAUAGCCAGUUGUGGAUCUGGACGAUAGGAACGCUGCUGAUGUGUGUCUGCGUCAACAUGGAUACAGGUGAGCAGACAAAGAAUUCUUCUGAAGAUCUACAGCUUCUAUUCAGACAUCACGGAUCUCUGGCUCGCAGAAAAAGAAACCUUCUGUUCCCCAGCGGGGUGAAACUUUGCAGUCAGGAGACAUUGGACCAAGCGGUCUCCAACCACCUUAACUAUUUUCACCUCAGAGUGUGUCAGGAAACUGUGUGGGAGGCCUUCAAGAUAUUUUGGGACCAGCUGCCAGAACGUGAUCAGUACCAGGACUGGGUUGGCCGGUGCAUGGACGGCUCAAUCAGCAUCACAGAUAUCGGCGGGUUCUUCAGUCAAUCAGAGGAGCACAUAAGCCUCAUUAGAAGUAGAGUUGGCAAGGCAACACCCCUGAGCAGUGCUGCAAGCAGUUCAGGCCUACCUUUGUGCAGUUCGGAAAAUACAGCUGGGGCCAAUACUGGAGGACUUCUGACCAGCGCUCAGCCAGGUGAAGAGAUCUCCCCCACUGUCUUUGAAGAAGAAUUAACAGAGAUUCCUGUGGAUUUCCCCUCUGACCCGGCAGUCACUGCUGUGCCAGACAAGCCGAGAGGCUGUGGCUCUAAUGCCACAGGUCAGUCUGACGGCACUACAACAGUGGUAAAGUUAAUCUCUAAGCCGACUCCCCAGGACAUGACUGUCCUACAAGAGGACAGUUCUGCCGGGGUCACCUCCUUUGAUGAGGAAGUUUCGCCCGAGAGUUUUGAUCAGCCAGAUGUCGUGACUGAAGAACUUGAAAGUGAUGCAACUCUUACCCAUAUUGGAAAAGAAGAUGAUUUCUCCCAGACUUUAGUACUCACUACUAAAGAAGAAACUAGCCACAACAUAGAGACAGGUGAAAUUCCCAUUCUAGAGGCAACUGUGAUGUCUGAUCAUAGUGGAGUGACCCCUCACCCUGUAGAUGGAGCUAUUCCCUCACAUGUUGUAAAGGACCACAUAGAGCUGACUGAUACGGCGGAAGAAGCAGUUCAGUCACUUGAAGUGGAAACAACAACACUAAAGAAUGCAAAAGAAGAUGCCCCAAACAAAGGAGAAUCAGUGGAAGACUCACCCAAAUCCAUCGAGGAGACAGCUCUGAAGCAAGAUGAAACUCCUCUUAAGGAUACUGGAAAACUGGGGGAAAUCACAGCUGAAGCAGCCAUUGUACCAGCAGGGGCAGAGGUUGUCGUAGAAACAGAAGACAAACAGCUGUCACCUGAUAUAGAGCUUGUAGAGGAAAUUAACCCUUCGGAAAUAGCAACACAAGAGGUCAAAUAUGUAGACCCUGUUAGUGACAAUAAAUUAGAACCACACAGAAACCACCUUGACUUGCCAUUUGUCGACAAGACACCUAUGGUUGAAACUACGGAAGCAGUACAGGUUACAGUGGAGUCCACAUCAGAAGGUUCUGAAACUGAAGUUCCAAUAGAAGAAAUAAUUGAAGAAGCACAUCCAGAGUCAUAUGAUGACACUACAGAUUUUAUAGUAGAUGGAUCGGAUGUAUUACUGGCAGGGACCGAAUCAGAGGAACCUAAAGUAAUGUUGGACCUUAAUGAUGAAUCUGAGGUGGGGAAUACAUCAGAAGAAACCAGUUCUUCACCUUUAGGUGAUAAUACAAGCAAAACGAAACAAUUUUCUCCGGGAGAUGGGGUUACCGAACAACUUGUCCCAAUGGUAUCACAUGAGGAUCAUGUCACCCCGCUUGAAGAAAGCGCCCAGACAACUCCAACAGGACUUCUCCCUGACAAAGUCCAGCUCAUCCCUACAGAUGUUACAGCAACAUACAGGAUACAUACAGAGGCGCCUGUCCAUGAAACAGUCAGCCUAGCAACAGGUGAUGCCACCACAAGGUACAUUGUCGAGUACAAUAAUGGCAACUACCCAGAUCCCACCGACAGCGCCCUGAAGGCUGAUGACAACUUGUUAGAUUUCCCCUUUGAGGAGCAGCAGAACGUGCUGGGUAAUGAAAUCGACAACACCAUCCUGAGGCCACUUAAGGAUCAAAUUGUGGAGCUGAGCAUUACACUGAAAGAAGAAACCUACAACAACGCUCUCAGAGACCCGAGUAGCUUCCAAUACCAGCAGCUUGUCCGACACUUCACCCGCAAGAUUGGUGAUGUGUUUGAGAAAGUGCCAGGCUUCAAAAAUGCCUUUGUGAUUGAUUUCAGGCCUCAGAAGGACCUAGAGCGGGGUCUGGUUGUUCAUGUCCACUAUGCCAUUACUUUAGAGGUGGACAGUGGUGGCAUCUCGAAGGAGACAUUUGAUUUCAUCACGCUGCAGAAUAACCUGGUGGAGAAGAAUUACCCUGUCACCGCCGAGCAGCCAACUGUUGUAUAUACCAUCACCGACUUCCGCAACUACAUUACAGAAGCACUGCGCAAAGAUAACUUCCUGACCAACAGCAGCCUGGAGACACUCGCUAACCCGCUUUUGACAGAGAACGCUGACAAUUGGUUGCCUCCAAGGAAUCCUACUAGUCGACCACCUGACACCUUUGAUAACAUGGAUAAUGUCCUUGCUGCAGAGAGGCCACCGGAUGCAACAAGUCCGGGGAUGGAAAGCAGUGAUGUUUUAUUGAAGAAAGAUGACUUCCUUUUCGACUCGUUUGACUCAUGGAAAGGCACAAACAUUGGAGCGGUGAGCGAAAAUGACGUCUUCAUGGUUGAUGAGAGUACUACUUUCCCAACGUCAGUUCCUGAGGGAAUAUCACAUCAACUGCCAAGCACACAAAACACUGUUGGGAAUAUUGACAAGGAGGGCUUUCUCAUACGUUACUCUACUGGUUCUGGAAACGAACCCUUCCAAGAGGACCGUGACAGUGUUGAAACGCCACUCAAUACUCAAAGAGGCCAGAAGUUCACAUUAGAUGAUGGAUCUGGCUCUGGCUUUGGCUUCUCAGGAGAAGGACAAGAAAUCGUUCCCCAGUCUUGGGAAAUGGCAGCAAACUUUUAUGGUGAAAGCCAUCUUGAGAUUCUGCCACCACCAGAUCUGGAGGAGUUGGAUGAGGAGGAUGGAAUCCAGAAUGAACGGGAUGCUCUUGUUCAGUUACUAACCAGUGAAAGGGAUGAUGUUAUGGGUUUCAACUUCACCCCUGCUACACCUUUACCAACACUUUCCACAUUAGAGGACUAUAAGCCAAGUGGCAGCAUGGAGGACCUAAUCUUGGAUCAGGUUUUAGUCACACCACACAUUAGCACAGACCCUCGGUUCUCUACCACUCAUGCACCUGUAUUUUCACCCAAGGGCACCUUAACCGUUGAGUUGUCUGUGCAAACCGUGGAAACAUCCGGCCCGUACGAGGAGUUUCAUUUGACUCAGGCACAUCACAAUUUUGUGGCAGUUACAAGAACUCCUCACUCGCAGACGUGGACUCAUGAGCACCCAGUCAUUGCAACUCGACAACAUGACGACACUACACAAGAGCCAGUAUUUGAAGAAGUACAACCAGUCACAGUCAAAGAAUCACACUUGGAUGCAAUCACACUACAAUGGCCUGAUAGAGAGUUUCUACCUGAAGAACCAAAUUUUUCACUUCCAGAAAUCCACCAUGAUGAGGUUGAGGUGAUAGAGGAGCAACUCGAACUUUCCGAACCAACAAAACCAAUACCUGGGACCCUUGAAGAUGACCUGAUUGUGGAUGAAAUAUUAACAGUUACAACAACUGCUGCCUCUGUGCCUGUCACCACUUUGUCUUCCCUCAGUUUAGACCCAAACCCCAUUGCCCUUUCUCCUGAAAAAGACUCGCCCUUUACACGAGUGUCAGACUCUGCGCCUGAAGAUGAGGAUUCGCUUCAGCCAGAACACCCAAAUUAUGACCAUAGUCUAUCAAGCACAAUGUCUUCAAAAGUCACUGAUACAAAAAGUCAUUCAUCAGACAAAGAUUCCAGCACGAGCUUGGAGGUCUUAAAAACACAGGAAAUCUCUCAAAGUACAAAAGCAAGCAAAAUUCAGCCAAUCAAAGAUAACAUGUCGGAUGUGCCAGGUAUUGAUGUCAGCCUUGACAUGUUCCAGUAUGGAGGCGUGGUGACAGAAGGUGACAGCAGUGGUUAUUCCAGUGAGGUGCAGGGCUCAGAAUUGGACGCAAUGGCAUUGCCAACUAGGCCAGUUCAAGCCUUGACUGUGUUCUUCAGACUCCGAGUGACAAACAUGGCAUUCUCCAUGGACCUCUUUAACAAGAGUUCCCCUGAAUACAAGGCACUCGAGCAACGAUUUCUACAACUGCUCGUUCCGCACUUGCAGUCCAACCUGAACAACUUUCAGAACCUGGAGAUCCUCAACUUCAGAAAUGGCAGUAUUGUGGUCAACAGCCGUAUGAGGUUUGACAAACCGGUUUCUAAUGGGGUUGCCAACGUUGUCUUCCUCAUUCUUGAGGACUUCGCUAACACGGCCUAUCAGACCAUGAACCUCGCCAUUGACAAGUAUUCACUGGAUGUCGAAUCAGGCGACAAAGCCGACCCCUGUAAGUUCCAAGCAUGUAACGCCUUCUCACAGUGUAUGGUCAAUCAAUGGUCUGGCGAGGCAGAGUGUGUGUGUGAUGCUGGAUACCUGAGCGUGGAUGGGCUACCAUGUCAAAGCAUCUGUGACGUGCAAGAAGACUUCUGCCUCAACGAUGGAAAAUGUGAUGUCAUCGCUGGCAAAGGCGCCAUUUGCAGAUGUCGUGUAGGUGAGAACUGGUGGUACCGUGGUGAGCACUGUGAGGAGUACGUCUCCGAGCCACUGGUGGUCGGCAUCGCCAUCGCUUCGGUCGCGGGUUUUCUAAUGGUGGCGGCUGGAAUCAUCUUCUUCCUGGCCAGGACUCUUCGGGACCAAUAUGACAGUGAGGACAUGGAGGAUCCGCUGAGACGAGGUGACAGCAUGGCAACACUGGAGCGCGCAACCAAAUUCAACCCCAUGUUUGAGAGCGACCCUAUCACCACUCAGUAUUACCGGCGCUACGACGAUGACCGUCCCCGGUACAGCAGCCCCACAACUUCCUCUAAUGAUCUCGGAAGUGAUGAGGUCCGACACAUCUACCAGAACACGGCACUCACAAAAGAAGAAAUCCAGGAGCGUCUCAGGGUCAUCGAGCUCUGCAGCAGAGAUCAACAUUUUGCUGACUUUGUGCGACAGACGCAAGUUUUCCUGGAGCGACGAGGAAGCUCCACCACAUAAUAAACAUGGAACUCUGAAGUACGGAACCUUUUUCUAAAGUAACAUCCAUGAAGUCAGUGUGGUUACGCUAAUGAACAUGUUUGUGCAGUCACCUGAUGGGAGAGAGCUCCUGAUUGGACAGGACGGUGCUCACUUUUAUACCUUUUUCUUUGUUGUUCUCUGCUAACAUCGGCCUUUUCAGGCUAUGUCUACAUAAACAAAAUACAGGUGUUUGUGGUUAAAAACUGAGUUUUUGGAAAACUUGGCUGAUGGUGUGAAAAGAAAACAGCUUAUAUCGUCUCAUGUCAUAAGAAAUGUGUGACAUUACUUCAUAUAUUUAAAAACUUAUUUAACAACACAACAUUAGGAAUGACGUUCUAUAAACUUGACCAAAUCAACUGGGUGGAUUGUUUAGGCCCUCGCGACCCCAAAAGGGACAAGCAGUAGAAAAUGGAUGGAUGGAUUAUUUAGGCAAACUAACCAUGUUUUAUGUUGACAUACUUUUUUUUUUAACUACACUUGUGGAGAAUGGACAUUUUUUCAACACCCAAGUAGAGAGAAUGUACAUUUUUGAAAAUGUCUCUGUUGUUAUGGACAUGAUCUAAACCUACAGGAGGUCCUCGGUCUACGGCGAUGUACUGUUAGUGGAGUUGUAUUUUAAGUUGGACUUCAAACCAGAAUUAUAUCCAAAUGAACACUGUUACAGUCAGUCACACUGUGCACACAACACAUGAAGUACAAAAUGCAGUUACGAAAAUUUGAAUUAAGGUUCUGUAUGACACUAGCUAAAAAUGAUUUGUUUUAAAGCAAAGCCUGUAAGAACAGCUAGCAUAUUAUACUAAUAACGGUUUAAGAGAACAGAUUUAACAGGUAAGACUUGUCCUGGGUGUAAACCGCCUUCCGCCCAAAUGCAGCUGAGAUAGGCUCCAGCACCCCCCGCGACCCCAAAAAGGGACAAGUGGUAGAAAAACGGAUGGAUGGAUGUUUAUAUUUGUCACAAUUACAAGUUAAACUUGUAUUGCCAUUCUGGCCGAAUAAGAAUAUUGCCGUUCAGGCUUUCAAUCACGACUGUCUCACACAAAUGCGCAUGUUCGUUGCACUUGCACGUACACAAAAAAGAUGAUUAAGAACAAAAGGAUGUAAAGAUGACCUAUGAUAACUUAAAUAUACAUGUAAAACACAUCCUUGUAGUCUCGAUAAUAUGUAUUGGAUAUGCAUUGGUGUAAAUUUUGCUCCACAGUCACGAUUAUACAGUAUGUCACUUUCUGCAUGUGUCUGCAUGAGGUUGAUUGUAGAUGCAUUCCCAGAUUGCAAAUGAAACCUUCAUGCCCCACCAAAAAGUAACCGAAAUAACUUUUGAAAAUCUGCACCGUUAAAAUAUAUAUUUUUUAGACAAAUAUCAUCGCUGUUUUUUAUAUACAUCGUAUAUAUUUCUUUCUGCUUGUUUGAAAGUGAGCGCCCUCUAGGCAGCCACUUGUCUGUGACACUCAGUAGCUUUAAACCAGGGGUCACCAACGCGGUGCCCGCGGGCAGCAGGUAGCCCGCAAGGACCAGAUGAGUGGCCCGCUGGCCUGUUCUAAAAAUAGCUCAAAUAGCAGCACUUACCAGUGAGCUGCCUCUAUUUUUUAAAUGUUAUUUAUUUACUAGCAAGCUGAACUCGCUUUGCUCAACAUUUUUAAUUCUGAGAGACAAAACUCAAAUAGAAUUUGAAAAUACAAUAAAAUAUUUUAAAGACUUGGUCUUUACUUGUUUAAAUAAAUUCAUUUAUUUUUUUACUUUGCUUCUUAUAACGUUCAGAAAGACAAUUUUAGAGAAAAAAUACAACCUUAAAAAGGAUUUUAGGAUUCUUAAACACAUUUACCUUUUAAAUUCCUUCCUCUUCUUUCCUGACAAUUUAAAUCAAUGUUCAAGUAUUUUUUUUUUAUUGUAAAGAAUAAUAAAUCAAUUUUAAUUUAAUUCUUAAUUUUAGCUUCUGUUUUUUCGACAAAGAAUAUUUGUAAAAAAUUUCUUCAAAUUUAUUAUGAUUAAAUUUCAAAAAAAUUAUUCUGGCAAAUCUCGAAAAUCUGUAGAAUCAAAUUUAAAUCUUAUUUCAAAGUCUUUUGAAUUUCUUUUUAAAUUUUUGUUCUGAAAAAUCUAGAAGAAAUAAUGAUUUGUCUUUGUUAGAUAUAUAGCUUGGUCCAAUUUGUUAUAUAUUAUAUCAAAGUGCAGAUUGGAUUUUAACCUAUUUAUAACAUGUCAUCAAAAUUCUAAAAUUAAUCUUAAUCAGGAAAAAUAACUAAUGAUGUUCCAUAAAUUUUUUUUUUUUUUUUUUCAAAAAGAUUAAAAUUUGCUAGUUUUUCUCUUCAUUUUUUUCGGUUGAAUUUUGACUUUUAAAGAGUCGAAAUUGAAGAUAACUGUUUUCAAAAUAAAAUUUUAAUUAUUUCAUGUCUUCUCCUCUUUUAAACCGUUCAAUUAAGUGUUUUUUUCAUCAUUUAUUCUCUACAAAAAUGAAAAAAAAUGUAAGACGGAAUGACAGACAGAAAUACCCAUUUUUUUCUAUAUAUAGAUUAAUUUAUUAUAGGUAAAUUGAGCAAUUUGGCUAUUUCUGGCAAUUUAUUUAAGUGUGUAUCAAACUGGUAGCCCUUCGCAUUAAUCAGUACCCAAGAAGUAGCUCUUGGUUUCAAAAAGGUUGGUGACCCCUGCUUUAAAUUAAGGAAUAAUACAAAUUGAACUAAUCCUUAAUUUUAUUCCUGUAGUUGUCUUGUAAACUAGGAGGGGUGUUGCAAGCGAAAUAGAAACAGGAAUAAUGAAAAAACUAUGCUGCUUGGAUAUCAAUGUCUAUUUCAUAGUAGCAGAUCCUUUCACAGGAUCAAGAAUUCCAUUUUUGUCUUCAAUGAUGGUCGUAACCUUUAAGCGGCCUGGACCAAGCAUGCAACAUAUGUUUCCAAUGUUGCAACUGUGCCUGAUGUUUGGGAGACAUGGCGAAUGGAAACAGUUAACUAAAAAGAACAGAAGUGACGUGUCCUCUCUCAGUCUAGCGAUGCAUGACUAUGUAUUCUUCCUUAACGUGCGCAUAACUACUUUUUUCUGUUUGUAAAGUAUGAAUGCAUUAUGGUCUUGCGUCAACGCCACAAAACGUCGAUACAUGAAAUGUUGUAACUCGAGGACCUCCUGUAUUCUGGUUCUGACCUGCCUCAUUAUCUGUCCACAUUGCUGUCAAUGCUUGUCAAAGCUGCUCGUGAUGAGCAAGAACUGUGUUGAUUGUCUUUGUGUGUGUUAGUUGUUUGGGCCAGUGUGAUGCCUCCUCAGUGCCUUUGUCGCUCUUUGGUUUGUGUUGCUCUGUUAGCUUGUGUAGCUUUGUUAGCUGGGCCGCUCUACCCAGUAGGCCAAAAACUUGCUGUGUGUAGGGCCCCCCGAUCCAUUGGAAGCCCCACUUUGCAUGAAGAAACACAUAUAAAGUGUCAAUUAUUGAAUGGAAAAGAAAAUAAAUUCUGCUUAGGGCACCAGUUUCAGCAUGGGGCGGCCCCGGUUUUUAUAACUUGCUUAGCUUUGUUAGCUCGUGGACGCGACGCAGAGCCCUUAAAACAAACAUUACAAGUUCACCUCAGAUCAAUUAACGUCAUCCUGUGGUCUCGGUCCAGUCAGCUGCCUGCACAGAGUGCAAGCAUGCACGUUUACAUCAAUCAUACAUAUGUACUGUUUUUUUUUUUUUUUUGUAUGAAUGUUUUCAUGAUAGAAUCAUGAUUGUGCUGUAUGUCUUUUCUAGAAUGUGUUUAGCCUGUGCGUAUUGUGUUACUUAAUUUUUAGUUGUUGUUUUUUUAAUCGCAGCAGCAAACAAACAUUGCCAUGACAUCAGUGUAAAUAAUGUGACCACUACACUGCUUAGUUAUAUUUAAGAACAGAUAUUUUCACAUUUUCAAAGUUUAAUAUUUAUCCUUCACGAUGGUCGUGACAUUUAAGCAGCUUGGACCAAACAUGCAACCAAAUUUCCCUCCAAUUUUUCAUAUAUGUGAGCAAACGCUAAAACUCUUUGAGCAUUCAGUGGCCCACAAGUGAGCAACGGCAGACGUGCACACUGAUAUGCGCUUAUAUUUUUAUUCGAUUUUAUGUGCGGCCUAGAUUUGGCGUGCACAGAGGACGCGUGAGCAGUAUGCAAUUGCACUGGCGCGUACCUUAGAGUGAACGUUGCAUGCAACCAAUGCUGAUUUCCACACUUUCUGAACAUUUUAUACCAUGUCUAGUUUCACGACAGUUUGUUAUUUAACUUUCCUUUUCUUUGACACCUGCCAUCAAGAGUCUGCCUCAUGUUUGGGCGACAUAAAGGGAAAAACUAAACUACAAAACUAAAAAGAACAAAAAAGAUGUUGUCGUUAUUCAGUUUAGCAACACACAACUAUUCAUUAUUCCACUUUUGUAUUCUUCUGCCACAUGCAGAAGUUCUCUUUUUUUCUCGCGCUGUAUUAUUUAUGGCAACGCGUUCCAAUAUGCGGACUGUAUGACUUGUUUGUUUUUACAAUCACACAGUGAACAGAGAGCUGUGUAAUUAAUGUGUUUGAUGGAAAUGAUAUAAUUGGUGGUUCGUUGACCCUGCUGACAGUGCAUAAAGAGAAGACACGUUAGUUCCGGAAUUACUUGAUCAAUUAUUAUAGAUAUAAUGUUUUUUAGCAUUAAAAAAUGGCAUUUAGAACGGUAAGAUAUUUAAUCGAGCGCCUUGGUUUUUAGGGUCUCCCCAGUAUUUGCAUAAAGUAAGGAAAGCAUGAUUUCUAAUAAGUAGAUACAAGUUCGUGUUUUUUUUUUUUGCCAGGCUUUCAUUACAUAAAUUUUAUUUCUGAUUAUUUACCUUCACUUUGUGCUUUUAAUUUGGUUGUCAGUCAGUGAAAGUGAGGUAUUUGAGCUCAUCAUUCUUGACUCUAAUAAUGCAUUAUUGUAAUGACCCAUUUAUCCACAACCUCAACAAAAGUUAUUCCUGGGUCCAUAUGCACCUCUACAAAGUUUGGUGGAAUUGGGUUUUAUAUUUUUUUUAAUAAAAAAAAAAUCCUGCAAA